AUGGCGCUGAACUCGCCGAAGUCAAGUGGAGCCGAUAAGGAGGUGAUGCAGCGUGCGUGGAAUCAGGCCGCAGGCAAUCUGGUACGGCCGAUGUUAACACGCACUAAUUACCAAUCGUGGUCAGCCCACGUUCAAUGCAAUCUCGAAGGAAUCUAUCUCUGGGAUGCAAUAGAGUCUGAUAAGGUGGAGCGGAGGCAUGAUCAGCUCGCCGUGGGUGCCAUGCUGAGGGGCGUUCCGGAGGACAUGCACGCCAUGUUGCUGAACAAAAAGUUAGCAAAGGAGGCGUGGGAGUCGCUGAAGACGAUGCAUCUCGGAGCAGAUCGGGUCAAGGAGACAAGCGUUGAUGAUGCGCGAGUGGUGAAGAAGUUCUUGAGGGUCGUGCUGCCACGCUACAAUCAGGUGGCGAUGGCGAUCGAGAUGUUUUGCGAUGUGAAGACCCUGUCUAUCGAGGAACUUGUUGGCCAUCUCAGGGCGGCAGAGGCUCGGUUCGAGCCCAUGGUCGAACAAGUGACGGACACGACGGGCCGUCUUCUGCUCAUGGAGGAAGAAUGGAUGGCCAGGAACAAGAGUCGCAUGGUGAAUGCAGAGUCAUCCUCUGGUGGUGGAAAAGGCGGCGGAAAAUACAUCAAGAAAGAUCAAUCUAGAGGUCGUGGUGUCUCGUCUGGUGGCAGCAAGCAUGGCCAUGACACGCGCGAGUCCGGAGGUGGUCUCACAUCGAAGGGCACACCUCGUCGGAAGGGCAGGUGCCAGAAGUGUGGUGUCUAUGGGCACUGGGGCAAGGAAUGCCUGAACAAGAAGGCUGGGAAGGAGGAGCAUGAAGAUGCCAUGCACCAUGUCGCUGCUGACACAGAGGCGAAACCAGCGCUCUUGGUGGCACAGUGGGAUGACACUGAUACUGUUCCUGGUCUGGCAACGGGAUCUGAGGAAGCUGCUGUGCCCGAUUUCGAGCCGGUUUCGCCUGCUGCGUCAAUUCCAUCAGCAGGGGGUGCAUCAAACACACCACUUGGGACUCCCAACUCCAAUUCGGGUACACCAUUGAUACAGUGGGCCACACCACCCACUGGUCAGUCCGUGGAUUCAGAAGGAUUUUGA